AUGGAUACAGCCCACUGCGAGGAUAAUAGAAGACACCAUGAUAAUUGUGAUGUUAGUACAGGAGACGUAUCGAAGAAGAGCUUUGGAUGGUUUCACAACAUUAGAUCAUAUGUAGCUCUACUCUUUACAUUGAUCGUUGUUGAAUCCUCUAUGUUUGCUUAUAUGGCGUCUGUCCUCCCAACGCUUGAACGACGGUAUAGUUUCACCUCUCAGCAAAUAGGAACUAUGGUAACUGCAAGUCAAGUUAGUUCUUUGGUUUGCAUUCCAUUUGUUACCCAUUUCUUGGGCGGGCCAAACCACCACAGACCUCGAUGGGUGGCAGUGGGGAUAUUACUCUCAUGCCUUGGUAUCAUGUUGUGUGUACUACCUCAGUUCUUGUCCGAACCGUACGCAUAUGACCAAGCCGACAACAACACUGGUGUUGCGAGCAUACUAGAAGCGGCAUGGGGCGUAGGCCUACCUCUUGGAUUUGGUGUCAUCAGCUCUGCUUGCCUCAGCAUAUACGUAGAUUUUUACCGUGUGGAUAUGAAUACAAUUGGUCUAACUGAUAAAGAUCCACGUUGGGUUGGAGCAUGGUGGCUAGGUGGAAUUGGCGGAGCUGUCGCACUGCUGUUUCUGUCCAUUCUGUUAUGUCUCUUCCCAAGAGAAAUGCCAGGAGGGCGGAAGGAGAUCCCCGAGUCGGAAAGCAGAUAUACCAAGAGCUCUGACGUUGCUUCAUAUAGCGGAAUGAACGUUUUACUCCACGGGAAAGAAAUAAUGGUCACAGCAUGGAAAAUGUUGAAAAAUCCAAUUUUUAUAUUGACUGUGCUUGCCUUUGCUCUCAACCAACCAGUUGGCUUCGUAAUAUUCUUGCCGAAGUACUUCCAAAAAGAUCUGGGUUUCACAUUUAGUACUGGGAACCUAAUAAUAG